CUCUAAAUGACAGGAAAGCAUCACUUUGUGAUCAAUUGUGGGAUCCGUUGACAAUCACAGACAAUAUGCAGAGAAGUCUUUGUCCGACUCAACGCAACAAACGAAAGUCAGACCCAAAUGACGAGUCGUCGGCAUCUGGCAAACGGUUUGUCACACCAUUGAGGCGACCGUUGAGGCCAUUGAAGAAAGUGAGUGUUAAUAUCACUUUCGGUCAACACUUCGGACACCAGACUAUCGACCAGAAGGUGGCUCACGAGGAAUACAUCCGCAAGAUAUUAAGCAAACCCUUUGUUAUACCCAUCAAAGGAUAUAAAGGCGGUUCCUAUCGAUCACUGGGAGUACGUCUGAGCGGAGGUCGGCGUCCACUACACGAUCCGGAAGCAGACAAUGCGCUCAUACUAUGGACUCCUCCAGUGAUGACCAAAGAUGAGGCGCUGAAAGUGAAGCCAAACGACCAGAAGGUUCACGUGGUUAUGGAUCCCAUUCUGACGAAUGUUCUUCGGCCGCAUCAGAGAGAAGGCGUGAAAUUCAUGUGGGAUUGCGUGACAGGAGUGCACAUUGAGGGCAGUUAUGGCUGUAUUAUGGCUGAUGAGAUGGGUUUGGGAAAGACUCUUCAGUGCGUUUCACUCGUCUAUACUCUCCUCAAACAAAGCCCGGACUGUAAGCCA